AAAGAACAAAACAUCUAAUAAACGCACUUCCAAACGCCAUUCACUCACUCACUCACUCACUUCUCACAAUGACUCUCGCUCACUCAUUCACUUAAAACUCAACACCACUGUCUUUUCCCACUCCUCUUCCCCCCACGCGCCACCAUGGGUUGCACGGCGUCCAAGCUAGAAAACGAGGACACCGUGCGUCGUUGCAAGGACCGCCGCCGUCUCAUGAAGGACGCCGUCUACGCGCGCCACCAACUCGCUGCCGCCCACUCCGACUACUGCCGUUCCCUCCGCCUUACCGGCUCCGCCCUCUCCACCUUCGCCGCCGGGGAACCCCUCUCCGUCUCUGACCACACUCCCGCCGUCUUCCUCAACAACUCCCAACAACCACCCCCUCCCAUUCACCACACUCGCCCACCCUCACCACCUCGCCACCACCCCCACCACUCUCCACCACCCUUCAACCCUUCCCCGCCGCCGAAACUCGCCCCCAUCCAACCCCGCCGCCGCAAGCCGCCGCCUCCGAAGCUACCCCAUAUUCUCUCCGACUCGAGCCCCUCCUCCACGCCGCGAAGCCAAGCGUCGAAUUUUCCUUCGAACUUUUUCCCCACCGCGCAUUCCACAUACUCCUCCACCCCUUCCCAAACCUCCUCUGUUUGGAACUGGGAAAACUUCUACCCCCCUCCACCUCCUCCUGCUUCCGAUUACUUCCCCGAAGAACACCAACAUCAACACCAACACCAACAAAAACUCUCGCAGGCUCGGGCACAAACACAAACGCAAACACCUUCCCUUCACUCUCACAAAACACAAACACCCUCUCAUUACUCCCACAAAACCCAACCCACCAAUCCUCAAAUUCAUGACUCCGACUCCGAGAGAUCUGAAUACGAUUACUUCGACGGAAAACACGAGACUCAAAAAACUUACUCCCACUCUCGCUCUCCCUCUCACAUUCACUCUGAUUCUCACUCUCAUCACCAUCUUCCCGAAGAGUAUACCGAGACUGAGAGGGAAGAGGUUCAGUGCAGUGAGUGGGGGGAUCAUUACAGCACCACAAGUUCAUCCGAUGACGAUGAUGAUGGGGUGGAGGAGGAUGUGGAGUCGCGGUCCGAGAUCGGGACCCGGUCGAAUUUCGGGUCGUCCAUGCGGGCCGAGUCCGUUGCGGCUGGCGGCGGCGCUAAGGGGUUCGACGCCGCGUCCUCCGUCGCGGAGAUGAAGAUGGUGGUGAGGCAUAGGGACUUGAGGGAGAUCGUGGAAGCUAUUAAGGAGAAUUUUGAUAAUGCUGCUUCCGCCGGAGAUCAGGUUUCAGAGAUGCUCGAGAUCAGUAAGGCUCAGCUCGAUCGCAGCUUCAAGCAAUUGAGGAAGACUGUGUAUCACUCGAGCAGCAUAUUGAGCAAUCUGAGCUCAAGUUGGACCUCGAAACCACCACUGGCGGUUAAGUACCGGCUGGACACCGGUUCGCUGGAUGAACCGGGCGGUUCAAAGAGUCUCUGCUCCACCAUAGAACGGCUUUUGGCGUGGGAGAAAAAGCUGUACGAGGAGGUUAAGGCUAGAGAAGGUGUUAAGAUCGAACAUGAAAAGAAAUUGUCAGCUCUGCAGACUCAGGAAUACAAGGGAGAGGAUGAAGCUAAGAUAUUCAAAACCAAGACUUCCAUAAAUAGGCUGCAGUCAUUGAUAGUUGUCACUUCUCAGGCUGUGUCUACCACCUCAACUGCCAUUGUUGGCCUUAGGGACUCUGCUCUGGUCCCUCAGCUUGUUGCUCUCAUUCAUGGAUUUAUGUACAUGUGGAAAGCAAUGCAUAAUUACCAUGAAAUUCAAAGCAACAUAGUGCAGCAAGUCCGUGGCCUUGUGAACAGAUCUUCAAGAGGUGACUCCACUUCUGAACUGCACAGGCAGGCUACUCGGGACCUCGAAGCAGCCGUGUCAGCCUGGCACUCCAGUUUUUGUCGCCUGAUAAAGUUUCAGCGGGAGUUCAUCCACUCCUUGCAUGGCUGGUUCAAGCUCAGUCUUCUUCCAGUGGACAAUGAUAACAUCAACAACAGCAGGGACAACUCUGAUACAUACCACUUUUUUGAUGAAUGGAAACUGGCACUUGACCGUGUUCCAGACACGGUUGCAUCUGAAGCCAUAAAGAGUUUUAUCAAUGUUGUCCAUGUGAUAUCUUCGAAGCAAACUGAAGAGCUGAAGAUCAAGAAAAGAACAGAGACAGCAUCGAAGGAACUUGAGAAAAAGGCAUCCUCUGUGAGAAACCUAGAGAGGAAGUUCUACAGUUCAUAUUCUAUGGUAGGAAUUAGCCUUCCUGAUACAGCAGCUGACAAUGGACAGGGUUUGGAUGCUCGUGAUCCACUGGCGGAGAAAAAACUGGAACUGGCAACCUGCCAAAGGCGCGUUGAAGAUGAAAUGCUGAGGCAUUCAAAAGCUGUGGAGGUAACAAGAGCCAUGACUCUGAACAAUUUGCAGACAGGGUUGCCUGGUGUGUUUCAGGCAUUGACAAGUUUCUCUUCCUUGUUCACGGAGGCUCUUGAAUCAGUGUGUACUCGUUCUUAUGCCAUCAAGUAGGUAAGAUAAUUCAUUUCUUCUGCAUGGGAUCUAAGUUCUUCAUAAGGGCUGGGAUUUUUUGGCGGCAAGCUCUUAUUGCUCUCACUCUCACUCUCACUAUUUUGAGUUAUAUUUUGAAGUGUAAAUAUGAAGAAUUUUGGGGUUCCACCUAUUUCGAUGGAAAAAAAAAGGGAAUUUUCUUAUUGUACAGGGAAAUUUCUUGGUUUAUUGUAUCAGAGGAUUGGAAUUUUUAAUAUAUGAAUAAAUUAUAGGCACUGUGCUUUGAUGUUCCA